AUGAGAACAUUACUUGUUGCAGUCGUUUUUUGUGCUUUACAAACAUAUUGCCUUGGCAAUAUUGGCAAUGUUGCACCCCUUGAAGACUCCCGGUUUUUGGCAAGAGCCUACCCAAAACAGAAGAGGAUACCCGUUCAUCGAAAUAUACAAAUAUUAAAUGCUCAACGAUUUAUAAAAUCUCUACCGGUGGAAAAUUACAGACUUAAUACUAAGAAGCGAUACAUAGAAACUAGAGAAGGUUAUACUGUAUUUCCAGCGAUUCCUAUAAAGAAGAUCCCUGAAAGCCCUUUUUUCCCUCUGGAGUCGUUCUUCGAUCAGAAAGCUAAUAGAGUCUAUAAGAAAAUGCUACCUGAUUAUGGGUUAUUAAAUUUGUCGAGACGCAAGAGAUCCGCAAAUUCUGCAAGUAGCACAAAUCCUGAAAUACACCAUACAACAAAAAAUAUUAAUACUAAUGAAAAAGAAAAAAAAGGUGAGAAAGAUAUGCCAGCUCGUAGGCAGAAUUCGAGAACGGUGAAAAUAGAACGUAAAGUACCAAUAGACAGAGAGGCCAAAGUUGUCGUAACUCCUAAAACUCGUCCUUCAAAAGUUGUAAAAAAGAUUAAAAAUGGUGACAAAAGUAGCAUGAGGCAAAAAGAUGUUAAUUUACGUAGCAAAGUUACUGGGUCAUCGGAAAAGAAAAACCGUUCUAAAAAUAAGAAUCCGAAAUCGCGACCACGAAAACGUAACAAUAACGAUAGAAAACAAAAGAAUAAGCAAAACGAUAAAAAGCGUUCAGGAAACGGAGGUCAAUUUCAAAAAGUCGAUAAAAGUAGGCGUCUUAUUGCCGGGAAAGACGCGAAGAUCGAUGAUUAUCCUUACGUGGUUUCUAUACAAAAGGACAAUGAGCACUGGUGCGCCGGCGCGUUGCUCAACCCGCGACUUGUUAUAACGACGGCCAACUGCGUUUGGAAAUCAGAACGUGUCAGUCGAUUAAAAAUAAGGGCCGGUUCGCGGUACGCGGACCGUGGUGGGCAGACCGCCGGCAUUCAGGAGAUGAUGAGACAUCCAUUAUGGAGUUUGCGUCGUAAUCCCGACCACGACGUUGCACUGCUGCUGUUAGAUAAAAACAUUCAAUUCUCGGAUCGCGUGCACAGCGUGGACCUGCCUAAUCGCGUCAUGAUGCCGACCUUUGAAGAUGCCUGGGUCACCAGUUGGGGAACUGACAGGCCUGACGGAAUCUUCGAGAACAAGGAACUAACUCUCCAGGCGUACCACGCGCAUCUCAUGGACCAUGAAAAAUGCAACAAUAUUACGAAGCGCUACGGCCUCACCGUGACCCGCAACUUCAUCUGCUUAUCUCAGAACGGAAAAAGAGCACCAUGCACUCGGGACACGGGUGCUCCGGCAGUAAGCGAUGGCGUGGUAUGGGGAUUAGCAUCAUGGGGUAUACGCAAAUUAUGCGGAACGGAACGCAUUCCCGCCAUGUUCUCAUACCUAGCUUCAAAUUCAAACAUGAACUUCAUAAUAAACGCAACUCACCUGCUCAUGGCGGACGAAAGGUUCUAUCCGUUCCCGGAUCGAUUCCGCGACUCCAGAUUCAAAGCAAUGAUUGCAAGUACAAAAAUGGUAACAUAA